AUGGCCAGCCCUCGGAGUACGGAAGCUUUUCCUCCGUUUCAGCUUGGGAAAUCGCGCUUCGAUCAGAGUACAUUUGGAGGGCGGUACCGUCAUUUCCUGGACAUAAUUGAUCCUCGAACGCUUUUUACCAGCAAGCAACAACUCCGAAACGCAGUACUUCUUCUAGACGAAUACAAAAAUGGCACACUGCCACCUGGUGUUGAUGAUAAAAACCUAUGGGAAGCACAGAAAAUCAAGCAGGCUAUGUUGCAUCCUGACACGGGAAAUAAGGUCUUCAUGCCAUUUAGAAUGUCAGGGUUCGUGCCCUUUGGAUCACCGAUAGUCGUGGGACUGCUGCUGCCCAACCCCACGCUAGGCGCCACAAUAUUCUGGCAGUGGGCGAAUCAGAGCCACAACGCCUGCGUCAACUACGCGAACAGGAACGCGACAAAGCCGACGCCGAUGUCGCGUUUCAUCGCUGGAUAUGUUGGCGCUGUUACGAGUGCUGUCGGUAUCGCGGUAAGUGCAUCUCUCUCUUCACUCAUAUUUUCCUACUGUUACCGCUAUUGCAAUUUAAACCUAUAUACUAUCCCAAAUUUUGCAACGUCGAUGCUUGACAGGCUUUGAUUGGGGGAUGUUCUGUUAUGUUUAGCGGCUGCGAGCACAUGCAACGUUGUUCUAAUGCGCAACAGCGAGCUACAUGAAGGUAUCGAGGUACAAGAUGAACAUGGAGAGGUGAUCGGCACAUCCCAGAUUGCAGCCAAGAAGGCACUACUGGAGACAGCGGCGACGAGGGCAGUGCUGCCGGCACCCAUCCUCGUCAUACCCCCGAUCGUCAUGAGCCUACUCGAAAAGACUAGGUUUCUGCGCAGCAACCCACGCUGGAACCUGCCGAUUCACGCUGCUGUCGUCACGGCAUCGUUUGGCUUCGCGCUUCCGCUAGCAAUCAGCAUCUUUCCACAGAUGUCGGAGAUUUCGACAGACAGAUUGGAACAGGACAUUCGAUCUAAGACGACCAAGUCGGUGCUGUAUUACAACAAGGGUCUGUGAUCACUACACUUCACCAGCACUAGUCUAGACGAUUGCGAAUACGCGAGUAUCAUCAAGGAUAGUUAAUUUGUUACACGGAUGUUAAUACGGAAACCUUUGUUACAUGAAACAAACAACUCUUCACGGGAUAUUAUAUGCGCAAUAGUCCAUAGUGGGAAAUGUUGUUAGCGGGUGAAAUAUCGUUACAAUAUUAUUUAGAGUUUAAUUCGUGGUUGUUUUGCAUAGAGUAGUUUUAUAUGCCAAGUCAUAUUCGGAAAUAUUUUUUCAAACACAGUUUGCAAUGUUUCUGGAUUUGUAGUACGCUUACUUUA